AUGGUCAAUUUAAACUCUAUUCCAACAAAAAACAAUCGUGGUUAUUAUAUAGCUAUUGGAUUAGAAGGCUCUGCAAAUAAACUUGGUGUAGGUAUAAUCAAACAACCAGUCCUUCCGACUCUUUUAGAAGGUGACAAUUCGCACAAAUGUCAGUCGGAGAUUUUAGCUAAUAUAAGAGACACGUAUGUAACACCUCCAGGUGAGGGUUUCUUACCAAGAGACACUGCAAGACAUCAUCGUAAUUGGUGUGUACGACUAAUCAAACAGGCUUUGAAACAAGCUAGAUUGACUGAUCCAAGAAAUGAUGUUGAUGUGAUUUGUUUCACCAAGGGACCAGGAAUGGGCGCCCCAUUACAUUCUGUAGCUGUGGUAGCUAGAACUUGUUCUUUACUAUGGGAUGUGCCUUUAGUCGGGGUCAAUCAUUGUAUUGGGCAUAUCGAGAUGGGUAGAGAAAUAACCGGUGCAUCCAAUCCUGUGGUAUUAUAUGUAAGUGGAGGUAAUACCCAAGUGAUUGCAUAUUCAGAAAAUAGAUAUCGAAUCUUUGGGGAAACUUUAGAUGUUGCAGUUGGGAAUUGUCUUGACCGUUUUGCAAGAACUUUGAAGAUAUCAAAUUCACCAUCUCCUGGCUACAAUAUCGAGCAACUAGCUAAGAAAUGUAAGAAUAAAAAUGAGUUGGUUGAAUUACCUUACACAGUGAAGGGGAUGGAUUUGUCGAUGAGUGGUAUUUUGGCUUAUAUUGACUCAUUAGCAAAAGAUCUUUUCAAAGGCAACAAAAAAAAUAAACUUUUAUUUGAUCCAAAGACUGGUGAACAAAAAGUAACAGUAGAGGAUUUGUGUUAUUCUUUGCAAGAAAAUUUAUUUGCUAUGUUAAUAGAAAUUACAGAACGUGCCAUGGCCCAUGUUAAUUCUUCACAUGUACUAAUUGUAGGCGGUGUUGGUUGUAAUUUAAGAUUACAAGAAAUGAUGGCACAAAUGUGUCAUGAUAGAGCCAAUGGAGAGGUGUAUGCCACAGAUGAAAGAUUUUGUAUCGAUAACGGUGCUAUGAUUGCUCAAGCUGGUCUUCUACAGUUUCGAAUGGGUGACAUAAUAAAGGAUCUUUCUGAAACUGUAGUGCUUCAAAAAUUUAGAACUGAUGAAGUUUAUGUUUCUUGGCGUAAAACAUAG